AUGAAGGUUUUAUUAAUUUAUGGCCUUCUGGGGCUAAUAAUGUCAGGGAUUGUAGAUGCAAAAAGGUCGUUGUCUGCUACUUCUCUAGUUACAUGCAUGGAGCAUUCUCAGCUAAGUGCGACAAAUUUUAAUGUUACAUUUAACCCUGAUGAUCGUUCGGUGAACUAUCGGAUAGAUAUGACUAGUGAAGUUACUGGAAAGGUUUUGGCUAAGAUUGAGGUAUGGGCCUAUGGAUUUAAGGUCAUAGCUAGGGAUCUCGAGCUUUGUUCGUUGCAAUGGAAGCAGUUUUGUCCUUUGCAUCCGGGGAAUAUUGAGAUUGAAUCUACUGAGUAUAUUAGUAAAGAAUACACUGAUCAAAUUCCUGGGAUAGCUUAUCAGGUUCCUGAUAUUGAUGCAUUCCUUAAAGUUUGGGUUUUGGAUGAGACCAGUGGUAAGGAUCUUGCAUGUAUACAAGCAUUUUUCACGAAUGGUAAAACAGUUUCGCAGGUUGGAGUGAAAUGGGCUACAGCUGUGAUUGCUGGGUUGGGUUUGCUUGUUUCAGCUAUCCUUUCAACGUACGGGAAUUCCAAUGCGGCGUCUCACAUAUCUGCGAAUACUAUGUCUCUUUUCCUUUAUUUUCAGUCUGUGGUGGUGGUUAGCAUGGAGCAUGUGCAUGCUGUUCCACCGAUUGCUGCUGCUUGGGCGGAGAAUCUGGUUUGGACUAUGGGCCUGGUGAGAUUGACUUUUAUGCAGAAGAUUUUUAGGUGGUAUGUUCAAGCAACUGGAGGAUCUCCGACUCUAUACUUGACAGCCAAGAACUACAAUAUUCUCGCUCAAAGGUCAUUGGAUUACAUGAAAUAUAUCAUUAGCAAGCGUGAGAAUGUCCUAUAUGGUAAUUCGUCCACUCUCAUAUUUAGGGGAAUCAAGAGGUUGGCUUACAAGGUUCAGAUUGAAUCAACUUCAAUUGUUUGCACUGGUAUAACAUUUUUUGUGCUGUUUGGCUAUUUCAUUAUUGGCCUAAUCUUUGCCUUCAAGUGCGUUGUGGAGCUUUGUAUUAGGAACGGUUGGAUGAAACAAUCCAGAUAUGAAGAUUUCAGACUGAACUGGAAAUCCGUAUUAAAAGGUGUCUUGUUCCGGUAUAUCUUCUUGGGUUUCACGCAGAUGUCGAUUUUGUGUUUAUGGGAGUUUACACAACAGGACUCAGCAGCUGUGAUCCUUUUAUCGGUAUUGUUCUUAGUUCUUAUAGUUGGUAUUAUGAUAUGGGCUGCCCACAGGACAAUAAAGUUUGCGAGGGAUUCUAUAAGCUUGCAUCAAAACCCCGCUGCUGUGUUAUAUGGUGACGAAAACGUUCUUAACAAGUAUGGAUUUUUUUAUACGAUGUACAAUGCAAAUCAUUACUGGUGGUCGUGUGUUAUUCUGUCAUACAAUUUACUGAAGGCUAUGUUUAUUGCACUGGUACAGGUUUCCGGUAAAGUUCAAGCAGUGUCCGUUUUUCUUUUUGAUUUAUGCUAUUUGAUAGUUUUGUGCAAGUACAAGCCGUAUCUGGAUCGCGCUACAAAUCUUUUAAACAUUUUAAUAUCGGUGGUGACAGUCAUAAACUCUUUCAUUUUCCUGUUUUUCUCAGAUUUAUUUCACCAACCAGGAUUCAUCAACUCUAUACUGGGUUGGAUAUUUUUUAUUUUAAACGCAGCCUUUUCAUUAGUGUUAUUGCUCAUGAUUCUUGUUUAUAUUGGACUAGUGUGUUUUUCUAAGAAUCCAGAUCUAAGAUUUAGACCAGCUAAAGAUGACAGAACAUCAUUCCAAAGAAAAUCUACAUAUGAUGCUUUGACCAGCGCCCAUACGGCAGAAUUGCUAGCUUUGGGUAUAGCAGCGAAGACCCACAACGAAAACUGGGAGUCCGAAUUGCAAAAGCAGCAAUCGCUAUCCCAACUGAAAGACAGCUCCCUUGGGGCUGGUGAAGGGUUAGACUCGAAAAGUAAAGAAUUGGAGGAAAAAGAAUCCGUUGCAGGGAAGUUGAUGCGCAAACUAUCCUUGAAACGUAAUAAAUCUGUGAAGCCAGAAUAUUCUCAGCUAAUAAACAAAUGA